AUGGCUUGACCUAUUCCGUUUUUGUAAUACUCUAGUUAAUAAUGGAGAAUUCAGAACAAAUGGAUGGACUUGGGUUGUGUUGGGGGACAGGAAAUUUGGUGUUCAGAAAUAAUUUGUUGCUGUAGUUGUGAUUAUAUAAGUAAAAUGAGACAAAUUUAAAGACGGUCCUCUUUAAUGAAUCUCUAGGUACAAUAGGCAGUUCCUUCCAAGGAGAUGUCGAUUCCAUUCUCCAACACCCACUACCGAAUUCCACAAGGAUUUGGGAAUCUUCUUGAAGGACUGACACGUGAGAUUCUGAGGCAGCAACCGGACAAUAUACCAUCUUUUGCAGCAGCAUAUUUUGAGAGUCUUCUAGAGAAAAGAGAGAAAACCAACUUUGAUCCAGCAGAAUGGGGGUCUAAGGUAGACGACCGCUUCUAUAACAACCAUGCAUUCAAGGAGCAAGAAAUAUCUGAGAAAGGAAAGCCUGAGGCAUCUCUGAGAGAGGAGACACCAGUCAAAGCCUUAGAGGAGUCUCCUGAGGAGGAAAAGGAGAGAGAGGAGAAUGCUGCGGUGAAGAUCCAGGCGGUGUUCCGGGGACACCUCGCCCGGGAGGAGGUCAGGAAGAUGAAGCAAGACGAGCCUGCGCAGGAGACCAACUGAGGAGACUGGUUUUGCCCCCAAACAUGACAAAAUCAUUCAAAUCCAUCAACUGCGUUGUGAUUGUCGUUUUUUCUUAGUAAGGGAGAUUUGAUUUAGUGAAAUAGCAUUUGUUGCUGUUGCGAAAAUCUGUCAUGAGCAUUUGUUUAAUAAACAUGCCAUUGAACACA